GCAGUAAGCUGCGCAAGUACCGCAACGAAGCUGCUCAGGCUUUCGUAUCAGCUGUGCCAGUGUGCCACCAGUCUAGAGGAUCCCGUCCAUCUGCUUUCUUCGAGGACGGAUACCAGGCAUCCUCAAACCAGCGUAUUCGAAGCGACGAGAACUUGCAGAGAGCACAGGGUCAGAAGAAUGUGAAGUUGGAGGACCAGAGUCCAGAAGCCUCGAAAGUCCCCGAUCCUGUGGAAGAAACCACUGAUACUGGAGAGGUUUACAAGUCUCAGGAAGAAAAGCUGCUACAGCGGAUCCAUGACGAUGAGGAGCAGGUGGUUGAGUUGGUGGUUGCCCAAAAGGCGGCCGCCAAACAAGAAGCUCGCGCGGAGCAAGCUGCACGGGCGGCAGAGGCUAGGAGGGCCGCCAUGGCUGCGCACGCAAGCGUGUCGCAGACUCCUCGCCCACGAGCACGUGGUCGUAUGCCACAUAAUGAGCAGCUCUGUCGCAAGAGGAAGAGUCCGCUUGAAUGCCAGGAUCUGCGUGCGGAGUGUGCAUGGAAAGGCGAUGAGACCACGGGCACGUGCCACCAUAAGGCCCGGGAGCAAUGGCCCAGUGGCACAGAUUUCUUGUUUGGAAUCGGAGAGGUGGCACUUCUGGAGUCCCUGGUCAUUGGCACUGCAGUGGUCACCCGACUUCGAGGAAGGGAUUUCCUGAGACAGUUUGUGGACAAUCCUGGUUAUAACCUGCGAUCCUCCAUGUGGUACUUUCCUACGGUGCUCAUGUACUUUGCGACUGGGCUGUACUACUAUACACGGACUCAGGGCUGGAAUCCUGAGGAUACCCUGUACUUCCUGGUCCAGGUGGUGUCCACAGUUGGUGACAACGACAUGGAACCCAUCCAGCCGGUUCCAAAAGUGUUCACUCUCUGUCAUGUGCUUCUUGGUCUACUCUUGGUCGGCGGGGCUGUUGGAGAAGAAGUUGACGAAAUCCUGCGCAGUAGAGUCCUCCGCAUGGGCAACGCUGUCGCGCGCGGAGCGGACUUUCAAGACCUCCUGCCCAUCUUGUGGCGCGUCGCGGCUGAGGCCCGCGAUGCUGCUGGUUCCCGUGAGGUCUUCCAAAGUCUUGUGGAGAGGCUCGAGGGGAUGCCACAACAUCCCCGGGAACUCCGCCCAACUGCGGAGCAGCUUCGCUGGCUCAGGGAGGUCCGUGGUGGGGAGGUUCUGCUUGCAGAGCUCAGCGGUGCGGGGGCUCUGAUCCCUUGGCCGCAGCGCAGCACGCUGUGGACCGGGGCAGGCUGGAGGAUAAAGGCACUUUUGCCUCUCCUGCGCUAUGUCCUUCAGAACCCUAGCGGGCCUAUGCCAAGUUACGACCCGGAAACUACCCUGGAAAUUCUCGAGGAUGAUGUGAUAUUGGACCAAUAUUUCUCGAAGCUGAUCGUGAAAAGCUCCGUAGACAUCGGCACCGUGAUCCUGUCUGGAACGAUUUUCUUCGGCAUCAUCGCCAACUGGCUGCGAGGCAAAAAUGCGUUCACUUUGUUCGAUGGCCGCUCGGUGGCAGUUUAA